CAAACUGAAUCAAAAUCAACCAUUAUCCAAAAAAUAAACAAACUCAACAAAAACAACCUCUACUAAUAGUACAAGAUCCUAAACCAAUAAUAAAGAAAUAUAGCUUCUAGUAAGGGAAGGGGUACAGACAAAGCAUUAUUCUUACCUUACAAAAACAACUACAUAGUUAAUAUAUAAUUUACACACGUCAUCAUUUAUGCAUGUCCACAAGUACACACAUCACAUCAACAACAAAAAAAUAACCUGCCAAUUUACUAUUCACUGUCUUUGAAAAUAAAGGCUUAUUUUCCAACCAAGAUAGGAAAAUGAGAGCACAUCAUGAAAUUUUGUCUUUGUAGACAAAAAGGUGUAAAGUUGAUGAUUCCAACAGUAACAAAUAUCUUGUAAAAGUGUGAGAAAGGCCAUUAAAAUACUUUUCUAAGGAAAUGUGUGGUUUUGCUGAAUUUUUACUAUAAAUAUGUCAAGGAUUUUACGAAGACAGCAAAGUCAUUUAUAAUUCAAUGAAAUGCUUUAGAUAGCCUAGAGGUAGAGAUUUAGAAAAUCCACAUAUAUGCCAAUAAUAUUUUGCCAGCAAAAUGAUAUGUAGUGCCAGAGUGACAGUGUCGUCCUCAGGAGGAGAAAUAAAAUGAAGCAUCGACAUUCAGACAUGACUGAGUCCAACGGCUACUCUGCGUCUCCUUAAAUCAGUAGUAUAUAUAUCGACAGGUUUCCAGGUGAAAUCUUAGUUCACUCAUAUAUAUAUACACACACACACACACACACACAUAUAUAUAUAUAUAAACAUGUGUUCUCAAAUAUUACAUCCAAUAUUAAACCUCUGAUGUAUCUGGUACUAAGCUGCAAAAUGAGCUUGGCUUUAAUUGAUAAGCUAAACAAUAACACAAUUUUUAUUUGAAUCCUGGGCUUACAGCAAUGAAUCGGUAUUGCCUUAGGUAUAUAUCUUAAGAAAAAUAAAAGCUGAAAAAAAAUCUACAUCUUGUGUGUUCUCAUGAUUCAAUGAUAAUAAUGAUAACGAGUAAUUACAAAUAAUGUGUAAUUAUUGUAGCCUAUCCAUUAUUAAACUUCUGAUAAAUCUGAUACUGAGCUGAAAAAUGAGGAACUUGGAUUCAUUGAUAAACCAAUGAAAAGGUGGCUGCAAAUAGCAACAGAUGACGUCGACGCCCACUACAUGAUUGGCGAAGGUGACGCGCGGGCUGUUGCAACGUCAAACAUCGUCCCCCCUGGUCGUGCCAUGCGCAGUGACGGUUGUUGUUGUUGAACUGGUUGUUAUGGCUGGACAAGGCCUCGGACUAAACUGAGAGAGGACCCCCGCACCACCCCGUCUCCGCCACGGGACACCCGCCACCCAUGGAGGGCACGGACAUGGACGUGGACGCGGAGCUCAUGCAAAAGUUCAGCUGCAUGGGCACCACGGACAAAGACGUCCUCAUUUCGGAGUUUCAGAGGCUGCUGGGCUUUCAACUCAACCCAGCCGGCUGCGCCUUCUUCCUGGACAUGACCAACUGGAACCUGCAGGCUGCUAUUGGUGCAUAUUAUGACUUUGAAAGUCCCAAUGUCAACACACCAUCCAUGUCCUUUGUUGAAGAUGUGACAAUUGGGGAAGGAGAGUCUGUUCCUCCAGAUACACCGUUCACAAAGACCUGGAGAAUACAAAACACAGGUGCAGAGUCGUGGCCACCUGGGGUUUGUCUCAAGUACAUUGGUGGGGAUCAGUUUGGGCAUGUAAACACAGUUAUGGUAAAGUCACUAGACCCCCAGGAAAUAUCGGAUGUGAGUGUGCAGAUGCGAAGUCCCACAGCUCCAGGCAUGUACCAGGGCCAGUGGAGGAUGUGUACAGCCACCGGAUUAUUCUAUGGUGAUGUAAUCUGGGUGAUUCUUAGUGUAGAAGUUGGAGGUCUCCUCGGUGUGACCCAGCAGUUGUCCUCCUUCGAGACAGAAUUCAACACCCAACCCCAGCGCAAUGUGCAAGGAGACUUCAACCCUUUUGCCUCGCCACAGAAGAACAAGCAUGAUGCCACUGACAACAGCUUCAAAGAUCCUGGCGGAGCCUGGGAACCCACACAAGAGCCAAUCCAGCAAGAUCAAAAUGGACUGUCUCAUAAUGCUGUAAAUAGAGCGUCAAAUGGUCUCCAAACCAAUCUUUCUGUGGUGACUUAUGGUCAGGGUAUUCAUGGACCCUAUCCAUUUGGACAGAGCUAGAAUGACAAAGACCCCCCCCCCACCAUGGCGGAUGAUGAGCUUAACACCCUUGAAGUCCUUAAAUGCAGAGGAGUCGGAGGGGGGGAGGAACAGUUGUUUUAUAUUGACUCAUGACAACCCUCUCCCUAACCCCAUGGCCCUCUCCACAGAAACACAAACUACAAUGAGGGGAUGGAUUACAUCCGCUACAGCGAAACAUCCCACCUGACAUCAAAACCCGGAUUCGCAUGUGUGAAUGCUUCAUUCAAGAGUGCUAUAAACCCUUAAAAAUAGAUACACAUGACUGUUUUUAUUUCCACUGUAAAACACGGCUAAUUGAAGUGAAAAUCGACCCUAAACAGUCUACAUAUAAUUUGGUAUUCCCAUGGGAAAUUGAAUAAUUAUGAAUACUUGUCUCUUUGGGGUUCCUACACAGGUUUGGAAAUGUUUGGAAAACUGCUGGGAAUAGUACAAAAAUAAUGGUGAUCAUAGAUAAUUUUGAGGCCUUGAAAGGUAAAUGACUGAAAAAUUGUGGGAUGUACGAUGUGGGAUGUUAAACAAUUAGUAUGACGACAAGCAUGACCGGUUGUACCAGACUAUUGGUCACAGAUAAAUACUGGAGCAUUGCCAUUCAUAAAAAAAAGACCAUUCAUUACUAAACCACAGAAUCGCUCUAGUUCUUGGAUAAAUCUAUGCGCUUAUGCUGCAUUCACAUUGUAUGAGUUAGAUGGCAGAGAUGUUUACAUCUUGUGAGUGUUCACAUCAUCGGACAACUCAAAAUGGUUGGAUGAUGACAGAUUUGGCUGUGUGAGAGUAAAAAAUAUGUCACUAUAUCCAUUAAGUUUGGGUUUAAUCACUGUGAACGUCUCUCUUUGGCUGACGUGAAGCGUCCAUAUUUGUUUGGUUUUCGGACACUUUCGUAUUAUGAAGCGCCAAGUCAAAUAUGUGAGAUCUUUCAAAGAAAUCAAUUUCAAGUUGAAAAAAUACUUUAAAGAACAUAUGAUCUACUGUCGUGUUUUAACUAUUUUUGUAAUGGAGAAUAAUUGAAUUUGUGUCUGAGAGGACUAGAACUUACCACCAAUAUCUGUCUUUGUAUUACAUUUGUUACUCAAAAGUUACUGUUGUAACCAGCCUGUCAGGCUAAAACUGAGCAGUUUUGGACCCUCCUUGAACCCAUGUUUUAUACUUACACAAAGACAAGCAAAAAAAAAAAAGAGAAAAAAGAAACAAUUGUGAUUUGACUUAUUAGACCCUUUUUAACAUAAACUCACUGUCAGUACCACACUACGUCCCAGUGUUUCCUACGAUGCUUCCGUGACACUUUGGAAAUUUAGUCACAAAAUAACAUUACACUCAGGAGUCAAGUAAAAAAUAAAUCCAUGUCUGAAAGUAGUAUCAGUGUUCAGACACUAAUCAGAUAUAUUGAACACCACAUAUUCAAAUUCAAAGAUAUUCAAAGAUAUCCUCCACUUCUGCAAAGAAAAUAUAGAGCAUCCCUGUGUAGGAACCCUGCCUCUCCCAAAGAUAAACUCCAGAGAACCAAGACACUAAUAUGUUCUGUCAUCAAGCCACACUGUCUGCAGGUUCCCGAUUCAGACUACAUGUGUGUGUGUGUGUGUGUGUGUUUGUUUUUUUUUUUUUGUUUUUUUUUAAGGGUGGAUUUUUGCUUUAAAUAGAUGCUGAAGCGCAAAUGGAUGUGAAUGAGUUUGAGCAAGUGAGGUGUGAGGGAGGGUUGAAAAAGCCAUCAAAAUCUAUUUUGCCUGGUGAGUGACUGUAAUUUCUGAUGUCUACAGUGUGUGUUCUAGAUAUAUAUAUAUAUAUAUGUGUGUGUGCGUGUGUGCGUGUGCCUUUUAAUGUGUGCAUGUACUGUAUGUUAUGGUUUCUCUUUGGAUUUAACUGACAUAAAAAUGGUGUAUACUACUUGGGCAAAGGAUGACGUGUCUAUUCACAUACACAUCGAUAUUGAAAGAGCUUUACUUGGCGUUUACCUCCAAAGUAUUGUUGAGUGAUUCUGCACCGUUUGGAUGAACCGACUCACUAAUUGCCCUGUUGUUAUUUAUUUGCUGUCCUAUUGUGCACUGCAGCUGCAAAAAGUCCCAUUUACAGCCAGCAGGUGGUGCUAAAAAUCAGAUGACCAACUUAAAUUCAGCUUGACAUCAUGCUGAGUACAUUGUAAAGAAAGUGACAAGUUGUAGUUUGAUUCUAGUAAGAAUAUUUGAAUAUGAAAAUGAAUGGUUUGCAUUGCUAUUAGUUAUUAGUAGCACUGAUGUUCUGUUACUGCUAUUUGCACAACGCUGUCCACUACUUCUGAUGAUGGAAAAUGGUGAUUUUUUUUUUUUUUUUUUUUUGGCUUAGUGUGGAUUGUGAUACCGGCAUUUUCCAGAAAGUUCUGUUGGUUUGUUUUGCUUAUCUUCUCUCCCCUAAAGGCCUUUGCUCUUCACAGCUUCAAGGUUUGUUUUCAUACUGUUAAGUUUUAAACAUUAGUUUCAUCACUGCCCCAGUGUCUGAUUGAAGAUUGAUUCAUAUUUAUCUCGAUCACACGUUUAGGUUUUGCUUAUCUGCGAGUGAGUUACACAGUCUGUCCGCUAUCACACCUGAAUUGUUACGUCAGAUUUGCUAUGUUAUGUCAGACAGCGGAUUUCAUCAUGUAUUUUGGGCUUAAAAAUAAAAUGGGAAAAGUUGUUGAUGGAACUCCACUAUAGUGUUACAAUUUUUUAUAAUUCAAAAAGAAUGAUUUCCAUCUUUUGAUGUUUUAAUUUAUCAAACUUUCUACUAGUUGUAAUUAUGAACAUCAAAAUGUCAUUCAUAUGUAAAGUUCAUUGCUUCUAUGAUCACCUGUUUCUAAAAUUCACCAGUAUUCUGUGUUUAUUUGUAUUGAGAGUCCUCCCAAACAGUAUACACUGUUCUGCAUUGCUUCUUUUAGUUGUCAGUCUUUUUUUCUUUUUGUGUGUGUGGUUCCUUCUUGUGAGCUUGUUUGUGUGUGUGAGAAAGAGAUGGUGAGAAAUCUGAAUAUUGCUGGAUUCAUUUUCUAGUUUUAGUUUGUGACUAUGUAUGGAUUUGAGAUGAGUGGCAUGGUGAGUGGAUGAGAUGAAAGUUUACAUAGUCUAAAAUAGCACAUUUAUUUGAAGAAAAACUGUCAAUAAAAGCUUUUUUCCCCUGUAUCUAUAAUUAAGCAUUUGUAUGAUUAAAUUAACACUGAAACAAUGA